CUACGCGUGGCAGGGGUGGUGGGGCCAGGCUGGGACACUACAGGAACGUCUUCUCCCAGAGAAGCCCCUCAUCCAGCUCCUCAGGCUCCUCCUCUCGCUCCCCCUCUCCCUCCCACAGCCGACACAGGGACCGCAAUGGCCAGAGACACAGGCGCAGUGACUCUGAGUCCCAGUCGGACAGCAGCAUGUCCAGUGACCUCCGAACCCAGCUUCCCCGGCGCAACCAGAAAGGAGGGCGUGGCCGUGGGGGUGACAGGGACCGAGGCAGAGGGGGUGGAGAGAGGGGACGAGGAAGGGGCGGAAGAGGCAACAGAGGACGGAGAAACAUGGAUGACGCUAACUCCACCGUCCUGGGCAAGAAGAGGAAAGGUGGGAAUGCCGGCCUGGACUUCCACGACCCCCACCGGGAGGCCAAGAAACAAAGCCGAGCGGCACGCUUCCACAACACCAAGAUGCGUUCAGAGCCCCUGGUGCUGUCCAUCAACAACCUGGAGCUGCCCAAGGAGGACCUGAGCUGGGACGACUGCCCCAUCGUAGGCACCUGCCAAGAGAUCACCAAGAUCUACCUGAGACUUACCUGUGCCCCUGACCCUGCCACCGUGCGUCCUGUAUCUGUGCUGAGGAAGUCUCUGUUGGCCGUGAAGGCCCACUGGAAGACCCGUCAGGACUACCCCUACGCCUGUGAACAGAUGAAGUCCAUACGACAGGACCUCACGGUUCAAGGAGUUCGUACAGAGUUCACAGUGGAAGUAUACGAGUGCCAUGCACGCAUUGCUCUGGAAAAGGGCGACCAUGCAGAGUUCAACCAGUGCCAGAUGCAGCUGAAGGCCCUGUACAAGGACAACCCGUCAGAGAACAUAGGGGAGUUCACUGCUUACAGACUACUCUACUAUAUCUUCACUAAAAACUCUGGAGACAUCACGACUGAGCUGGUGUACCUGACUGCGGCGCUGCGGGCGGAUGAGUGUGUGUCCCACGCGCUCUCCCUCCGCGCCGCCUGGGCUCUGGGAAACUUCCACCGGUUUUUCCAGCUCUACCGGAGAGCCCCACGCAUGGCAUCCUACCUCAUAGACAAGUUUGUAGAGAGGGAGAGGAUGAUCGCUCUCAGGGCCUUAUUCAAAACAUUCAGACCAGACUUGCCGGUGGAGUAUGUGCAGUCCAGUCUGGGCUUCCUUUGUUUAGACUCUUGCAUGGCCUUCCUCACAGGCCUGGGGGUCACCUUCUUCCCCUCUGACCCCAGCAAGAUAGACUGCAAGACCAGCUCAGCCAGUCUGGCAGCCUCCUGAGGGGUGGGGGUUUACCGGGGAGGGGGGAAAGCACACUAAAGGGAGAUACUGAGAGAUAGACAGGGUCAGGAAUGUACCCUCCAGUUAUACUGCACUAUACACUUCAGGAGGGAGACUAGUGGUUAGACUGAAACUACAAUUUAGUCCUGUAGAAAGAGGGAGAGAUAUGCACUAGGACCCACUAAAUCACUUAAGGCUGAAAUUCAGUGAGGAUCCCACCCACAGAUGCACUGCUCACAGAUAUGGACUGAAUAACAAGAGUGGGGGAGAUUAUCUGCAUACAUGCUGCACAUCAAAUACAUUUAGAAUAGCUUAGUCCCACACAUCUCGGAUCAGCUCAAGAUAUUAAUUAUACCUUCGACUUAGACCAUUUUAAUGACAAACAGAUGUUAGGCAUUAGUUCAAUGUAAGACCCGAAGAUCAAGCGCCAACUCACACAGAUCAGGGAAGAGUGUAGCCUCAAGGUCUCCCAUCCACUAUCGCUCUCAGACGUUUUAAGCUAACAGUGUUCUGUUAUGUUUUUCCUUCCCUCAAGUCAACAGCCUCAAACUCAUGCGAAGACAAGCCUUGAGAACCCAAGAGGGAGAUGAAAACUAAAUGAGCUAAAGUCAUCCCUCAAACCCUCAUCCAACAGGCUGCUCAUCCACUCCAAAACCAAACCGUCAACCAGAGAAGAGGUUUGUCUGUUCAGGUGUUCAGCUCUAGAGACUGUGCUAGCCCUUUGCUGCUUUCAGGAAGCCUUUGUGAUCCAGCGUCCAAUCCGGGAGAGGAGGAGAUGGUGGUUUGUAUGUCCUGUCCCCCCUUCCCUCAAGCUGUCUAUGAUUGGUGAUCUGGUGGGGAAAGUUACUCCCACUUCCUGUUCCUGCCUAGCCCUGCACACUUGUCACCCCUGAAAGGUAUUGACUAAGAAAUCUGAAGGUUCUGAUUGGCUCCUUGCCCAGGUUGGCCACAUCCAUCCUUACCCCACAG